ACAGAGAUGAAAUUAUAAUCUGUGAGGAAGGAACCAUGACGUCUUCAUUUUGAAUAUGGAAAUUCGGGUUUGAUUACGAAUGGCAGAUGUUCAUUAAUAAAGUAUAUCAAUACGUCUCCAAGCUUUCUUUCGAUAUAAAAUUCAUUCACCGCAACAGAAUCAUCAAGAGAAGGGUACAUUUAACACAAUAAAUUGUGAAGCAUCGAUUAAAAUUUCAAACUAAACGAAGGCUGUAGAAAUAUACACUGUGAGUUGUCUUCGAUUUGAAGACAACUCUUGGCAAUGAAGAGAAUCUCGAAGACAAUUGUUGCUAUUCUGUUAGCAAUUUUUUCAACCACAUCGUUAAACGAUGCAUCAGUUGAGUUCAAACAUCACAAUUACGAUGCCCUGACGAAAGUCCUCAAGGAGUAUUCCGAAUCUUGUAAGAAUAUUUCGAAGCUGUACGACAUUGGAGAAUCCGUUGAAGGAAGAAAGCUGUGGGUUUUUGAGAUAUCCGACAACCCAGGAAAACACGAAUUAACAGAACCAGAAUUUAAGUAUGUUGGCAAUAUGCACGGGAACGAGGUUGUGGGAAGAGAGUUGUUGUUGCAUUUAAUCGCUUUGUUGUGCGAUAAUUAUGGUAAGAAUGAAGAGAUAACAAAACUCGUGGAUACAACACGAAUACACAUUAUGCCUACGAUGAACCCAGACGGUUACGAGGCCGCUUUCGAGGGCGAUUGCUCCACAGUUCAAGGUCGUCAAAAUGCUGACCACGUCGACUUAAACAGAAAUUUUCCAGAUCAUUUUCGUCACACGAAGUUACCUCCAGAGAAAGAGACGAAGUUGCUGAUCAAAUGGAUAGAAUCCAAUCCAUUCGUACUCUCAGCCAAUCUUCAUGGAGGAUCUUUGGUUGCAAACUACCCACUUGAUGAUUACCCUGUGAACUCAAGGGACAGUUCCACACCAGAUGACGAUGUUUUCAAAGAACUUGCUCUGACCUACUCAAUGAAUCACGCCACAAUGCACCUUGGCCGAGCUUGCAGCGGAUUUCCAAACGAGAAAUUCAAACUCGGAAUCACCAACGGUGCCCAUUGGUACAGCGUGGAAGGUGGGAUGCAAGAUUACAACUAUUUUCAUAGUAAUUGCUUUGAAAUUACUUUGGAACUAAGUUGUUGUAAGUUUCCUUACGCCAAGGAACUUCAAAAGUACUGGAACGACAACAAAGAAGCUCUCCUUGCAUUUAUACAGAAGGUGCAUUCAGGUAUUUACGGGACAGUUAGGGACCUCAAUGGUAAGCUUCUCGCCGGUGCUGAAGUCAGUGUCGAGAAGGGUCGAAAAGUUGUGAAAACUGCUAAACAAGGAGACUACUGGCGAUUGCUUAAUCCUGGAAUUUACGAAGUAACGGUUUCCCUCCCUGGCUUUCCGGGAAAGUCGGUUUCGAGAAGUGUCAGGGUUGGAGCCGGUCCUACAAGACUUGAUUUUGUGAUUGAGUUGAAAGACGGAAGAGAAGUGACAAGUAAUAAAACAUUGAUAGAUUAUGGAAAGAACGAGAAAAAUGAUAAGAAAAAUGGAAUUAUAGUUAAUGAUAAGCCUCACAGUCAGAACGAUGCCAACAAUGAGAUAUCACGAAGCACAAACAAUGCCAAGGGUGGUAAAUCUUCCAGUCCCGGGGUUAUUGCUAUUGUAUUGCUUAGUGUAGCGGGGGUGUUGUUGAUUGCUAUCGUCGUUAUGGUGUUGUAUUACAAGAAAGCUCGGAAAGAUUAUGAUUAUUCUAAGAUGGAAUUCACUUAGAUAGACUUACAGUCACAGACAAUUUCACUAACGUUUUUCGCUCGGCAUACUUACCAGCCAACAUUCAGGCCUUCCUUACUUCGGAUUGAAGUUUUGAUAAGAGCUAUAUCUAAAAUAUAACCCAACCACAGCUUGUUUUGCAGUCUCAGAAUAAUCAAGUAUUGUGUAGAUUUUGAAGCGCUAUUCUUGAAAUUACCUCAUCAGGCACCAAAAAUGUUGAAGCGAAAAACUUUAGUGAAAUCAGGUCUUAUUUAAGGACAGUCGGUAGGGAAGUUGUACAUUAAUGUUCAAUGUAUUAUAUCAAUGAAUCUUAUUCAAUAAAAAGUCUACUGCUCA